CUCACCUCGCCUCGCCGGCGAAGCGGGACGCCAUGGGGAACUGCUGCUCCGACGAGGUGGGCCAUGGAGCCGGCCGCCACUCCGUCGGCCCAGCCGCAUCCGUCGCCGAGGCAGCCUCCGCCGCGGCCGACCGCUUCCUCCGCUCACGCGGCGCCGGCGCGUCCACGCAGAUCGAGUUAUCUCUCUCUGCCUCGAUUUUGGGCGAUCAAGAGUAUUUCUCCAAGAGCAAUCCCAUGGUCAUUGUUUAUUCUAAAAGCAAUGAUGGAGCACUUGAAGAAAUUGGGCGUACUGAAGUAAUUCUAAAUUCACUGAACCCAUCUUGGAAUGCAAAGAUCAAUUUGCAAUACCAGUUUGAAGUUCUUCAGCCAUUGGUGUUUCAGAUUUUUGACAUUGAUCCACAGUUUCAUGAUGUCAGUGAGAAGAUGCUUAAGCUGGAAGAGCAACAGUUUCUUGGAGAAGCAAUCUGUAAUUUGUCUGAGGUUAUCACCAAACAGAACAGACUAUUGACCCUUAAGCUUGGUGUUUCUGAGCAUAACUUACCAAAUCCUAGUAAAUCUGGUGAGCUAACUGUCGAGGCUGAAGAAAGCGCUGGUUCAAAAGCAUUAAUGGAAAUGGUAUUCCACUGUUCAGAUCUUGAAAUCAAGGACCUUCUCUCAAAAAGUGAUCCUUUCUUGCUAAUAUCUAGAAUAUCAGAGAACGGUACACCUGUUCCAAUUUGCAAGACAGAAGUAAGGAAGAAUGAUCUCAAUCCUAAGUGGAAGCCAGUAAUUUUGAAUCUCCAACAGAUUGGAAGUAAGGAGAACCCCCUCAUUAUAGAAUGCUUCAACUUCAGUAGCAAUGGAAAACAUGACCUAGUUGGCAAGAUAGUAAAAUCAGUCGCUGAAUUGGAAAACAUGUACCAUAGUCAAGAUGGUGAAAAUUUCUUUGUUCCCGCCAGCACUGCCCAUGAUUGUCAUAGUAAGGAGGUACUGAAGAGUCAGGUAUUUGUGGAGAAAUAUCUUGAGAACAAUAGACAUACCUUUCUGGAUUAUAUUUCAGCUGGGUGUCAAAUGAAUUUGAUGGUAGCUAUAGACUACACAGCUUCAAAUGGAAAUCCGCGGCUCCCAGAUUCCUUGCAUUAUAUUGACCCCUCUGGACGGCCAAAUGCAUAUCAAAGAGUAAUACUGGAGAUUGGAGAUGUACUACAGUACUAUGACCCAGCUAAGCGUUUCCCCUCUUGGGGCUAUGGAGCUAGACCUAUUGACGGCCCUGUUUCUCACUGUUUCAAUUUGAAUGGCAGUACAUAUCAGCCUGAGGUUGAGGGAAUACAAGGAAUUAUGUCAGCUUAUAUCAGUGCGCUACGCAAUGUAUCAUUGGCUGGUCCUACACUUUUUGGUCCGUUAAUUAGCACAGCUACAGAAAUAGCAAGCCAAUCCCUUGCAAACAAUCAACAGAAAUACUUUAUUCUGCUAAUAGUCACGGAUGGUGUAGUGACCGAUUUUCAGGAGACGAUUGAUGCAAUUAUAAAGGCAUCUGAUUUUCCUUUGUCUAUCGUUGUUGUUGGAGUUGGUGGGGCUGACUUCAAGGAAAUGGAGUUUCUGGAUCCAAAUAAAGGUGGGAGACUGGAAAGCUCAACUGGGAGAGUUGCUUCUAGGGAUGUGAUACAGUUCGCCCCAAUGAAGGAUGUGCAUGGCGCUGGGAUAUCCGUUGUUCAAUCACUUCUUGCUGAGAUACCAGGGCAGUUCAUGACUUACAUGAGAACAAGAGAAACUCAAGCAAUUAGUUAAUAUAAGAUUACAUAUGGCGUUAAGCCUUUAGAAGAUAGCUUUAUAAUGUUCCUUGUUACUAUGAUUAUGGCGAUUCAGUCACAUCAUCAUGCAAAUUUCAAGCCUUGGGUGUGAAAAGAAGCAAUAUAUAUUGGAUUUGUUAAAGGCGAAAAGAGAUUAAUCUCAUGUAGAUCAUAGCCGAAUCAAGUAACGAUGGGCGCACUCUCCAUGCUGUUUUGUUGCUUGUCAAGCCCACCAUACGGUGCAGCACAGCUAUGUCCAGGCAAGAACUGCAAGGUACUGUAGCUUGAAGAUUAUUGUUUCAGGAGCCCUCUUUGGAAUUCUGAGUUGUGUAUCAUCUGUGUAAAUGCAACAGUCUUUUCCAAGUUUAGUUCCAUUGUGCUUUAAUUUGGC